UGAUGGCGGUUUUGUUGUUUGUUACGUAACCAUAUAACAUUUUGUCCAUCCCCCAACAUUUCCUGGAGUCUUGCUGUGGGUUAGUUAAAGUGUAGCUCAGAUAACAUUCAGGGUGGAGUCAAAACUGGGAGUGCUAUUGUUUAAGACAGCCCCGUCCUAGACAGCUCACACACACACACACACACACCUUAAUGCACCUGUUAAACAUUGCAUUCCUUAUGUUACCUUGAAACUGUGAACCGAAGCAGUAGAGACCGACUACAGUGCCGUCCGGAUAAGAACAACUGGUGUCGAGAAUGGCCUCCACCAUCAGCCUCCUCCCCGAGAAGCACUUUCUGUGCUCUUUGUGCAAAGACAUCUUCACCAACCCAGUUACCAUACCAUGUGGACACAGCUUCUGUUUGUCCUGCCUCUGCCACUACUGGACACGACACCUGUCCAAAUACUGUCCGCACUGUAAGAGAAUCUUCACCGACAGGCCCGACCUCAGUGUCAACCGCAUUCUGGCAGAAAUCUCAGACAAAUACAGGAAAAACCGACCACAGAAACCACCCGAUGAAGAGAAGGUUAUAGAUGUGGAGCAAAUGAUUCAAGAAAGGCUGCAGAAGAUAGAAAGGUUGAAGUAUUCUCUCGAGCUUCAGAAGAGCUCUUACCUCAGAGAGGUGCGGGACAGCCAGAAGGUGUUCUCUGCCCUGGUGAAUGCCAUGGAAAAGAGUCACAAAGCAGUUGUUGCUGCAAUUGAAGAGCGACAGAUAGAGGAGGAGAAGAGAGUAGAAACACUGGUGAAAGAGCUGGAACAGGAAGUCCAGGAGCUGAGGAAGGAGACCACGGAGUCUGACCAUCAGGUUCCUGAAAAUGCUGAUCAGAGUGACGAUACAAAGCAGGUCCCGCUGAGCACCCUUUCCACUUUUUCCAUCUCUGACAUGAAGGACUGGUCUAAGGUUAUCAUAGAAACUGACCCUUGUAUUGGUGUCACAAGACGAGCCUUGUCAGACAUGAUGGAUAUGAUUAAACAAGAAGUCAACAGGCUCUCCAAAUCUGAGCUUAAGAGAACAGAGAAAUAUACAGUGGAUAUCAAUCUGAGUGCGAAGACAGCUCACCCCUUCCUGUCUGUCUCAGAUGACAGAAAACAGGUGAGACACACAGACAAGCAUCAAGAGGUACCAGAUAACCCCAAGCGAUUUGACCGGGUGGCAAACGUGCUGGCCAAAGAGAGCCUUCAAAGUGGGCGGUGCUACUGGGAGGUGGAGGUCGGGGAGAAGGUUGAGUGGAACUUAGGUGUUGUGAGGCAGUCCAUAAACAGGAAGGGCAAGUUCACUGUCUGCCCUGCAAAUGGCUUCUGGACUUUAAGCCUCAGGGCUGGAGGUCAGUACAUUGCCAACACGUCUCCUGUCACCACAGUGGCUCUGGAGCAGAAACCAAAGAAGGUGGGAGUGUUUGUGGACCACACAGAGGGCCGUGUGUCUUUCUACUGCGCAGAAUCUGGUGUCCAUAUUUACACAUUCACGGAUACCUUCACUGACAAGCUUCAUCCAUUCUUCAGUCCAGGUCGUCUACAUGGUGGUAAAAAUGCUGCUCCCCUCAUCAUCUCUUCUAGCUUUUGUAGUAUCUGAACAUCAAAAUCAGUAAAAGACAAUUUUUUAAACUCCAGUGCAAUAUCUAUUCUGUUUGAUAAAAUUUCUUUUUUUUUAUUAAUUUAUACAAUGAACCACAUUUACACUGAACAGUGAACAAGAUGUUGUAUGACGGCCAACUCCCUACACUCAAAAACUUCAAAAAAACCCAUAAACAGAUUGAAAA